AUGGCGGACGCUUCUGCCGGAGGUCUUUAUCAAUGUCUCACUGAUAUUGCUCGUGCGGAUACUAGCGGUGACUACCAAAAGGCUUUGCAAGCUGCGAAUAAGUUGAUUCGCAAGUACCCAAAGGAGACAUUUGCCUUCAAGUGCAAGCUUGUCGCUCAAAUCCAGCUCUCACAAUGGGCCGAUGCUCUCGAGCUUAUUCGCAAGACCCCGGCGCAUCAAAUGGGACACGUUGGUUUCGAAAAAGCCUACAUCCACUAUCGCCAGGGAGAACUCGAUGAAGCUGUGAAGGAGCUCAACACCUGUGAAAAGGACGAUAUUCGCGCUCAAGAACUCAAGGCUCAGAUAUACUACAAGCAGGAGAAUUUCAAGGAUGCCUAUGAUAUCUAUCUCUACUUGCUUAAAAAUCAUUCCGACGAUUCCGAUGAAUUGAGAAGAGCCAAUUAUCUGGCUGUUCAGGCACGUCUGGAGGCUCAGGGAACUAAGCAACAGGUCGAAGACGCCGAGGACUCGUACUCCCAGCUUUAUAACAAGGCUUGUGUCGAGAUUGAAGCCGAGAAGUUGCCACAGGCUCUGGCUAGUCUAGAGAAGGCUCUAGUCUCUUGCCGCAAAUCUCUCGAGGACGAGGACCGUGAAGAGGAGGAAAUUGAGGAGGAGCUGGAUUCAAUCCGUGUCCAGAAGGCCUACGUCCUCCAACGAAUGGGCAAGAAAUCGGAAGCUCUGGAGAUCUAUCAGAAGGUUCAAUCAGCUAAUCAUUCGGAUGAAAGUGUGAAGGCAACCAUCACCAACAACAUUCCAGCGGCUUCUAGCGAUUUCGCUCUCGCCGACUCGAGAAAACGAUUCAAGGCUGCUCUUCAAAUAGACCAAAGCAAGUUGACCCGCCGUCAACGUAGAACUUUGAUGCUCAACAACGCGCUUGUUCUUUUGAUGUCAAAUCAAAGAGAGCCAUGUAAAAGAGCCCUCGAGGAGUUGGUUUCGAAAUUCGGAAGUUCUAAGGAUGUCGCUCUGAUUGAGGCUACACUUCAUGUCAAAUUGGGAGAUACUGAGAGUGCUUUGAAGGUAUCAUAUUGCUUUUUGGGCUUUAACGAACUAAAACUAAUCCAGGUACUCGAAGGAAACGACCUGGAAACUUCUGUCGCUCGCCUUCAUGUCCUUCUCAAUGCCAAUCGUCUCCCUGAAGCCAUCAAGGCUAUCCGUGCUCUUUCGAAUGCCUCAAGCCUCGGACCAUCUUCUCUUCUGACCUCCACUCUGAUCGCUUCGGAUUCCAAGGAUGAAGCCAUCAAGGCUCUCACCUCAGCAUCCACUGCUAAAAAUCAGUCUUCUGAGAAUCUCAAAGCCAUUCUGGAGGCUCUUGUGGAAGUUGAACAAGGACGUGGCGAUGAGAGAGCUGCCACGAAAAAUUUGGAAAAACUCGUUGAGAAGUUCCCAGAUGACUUGCAACUGCAGUGCAGACUGGUUGGUGCAUACUCGAGAAGCGAUCCGAAAAAGGCGGAGGCAUUGAGCUCGAAACUGUUCCCAGAAUCGAUGGAAGUCGAUGUGAAUGUGGAUGAGUUGGAGGAAUCGGAUUGGAUACUGUACGGAGAGAAGUAUCGUCAGAAGAAGGAGGCAAAGUCGCCGGCUGCGCCAGACGCCGAGAUUAUCACUAGAAAGUUGAAGAAUACGAAUCGAAAGAGGAAGAUUCGCCUUCCAAAGAACUACAAUCCAGAUGUGGCUCCAGAUCCGGAACGUUGGCUUCCACGGCAAGAGAGAUCCACGUACAAGAAGAAGAGGAAGAAUCGGGAGAGAGAAAUCGGGCGAGGAACUCAGGGUUCGUCGUCGGCGAAUCCGAAUGUUGAGUUCGUCUCGGCGUCUCCAAAUUCGCCGCGCCCACUUCCAGGACCAGUCGCCGAAGGACCACGUCAACAACGCCCGAACUUCCAGAAGCAAAAGAAGAAGAAGGCGUCGAAAUUCUAA